AUGUCCAUGCAUACAGCUCCGCUUCGCCGUGCGCAAACCGACCUUCCUACACAAGCAUCGAGUCCCCUUCGCCAUGACUCGACCGCGUCAACAAAUUCCUCUGUCUACUCUCUUUCCUCCAACUCUUUUGCCCCCAGUCGCACCAGCACCGUUUCAUCAAACGCGUCUGUUAGGUCGGCAGCUGGCUUUGGACAUAAGCGAGGAAAGAGUGAAGUAAACACGACUACAGCACAGCAAAAUAUGGGCGGAGGAGCUGCAGAAUGGUCCAACGCAGGGGCAACAUACGAGAAUAUUCGCCGCUCGUUGCGCCCGCUCUCCCAAGCUCCCAACUCCUCUCCAGCUGGCAAGCAUGUUGCCUUCCGCCACUCAAGAAGUCAAACGCUUGAUAACCCUCAACAUUGGAAGGAGAACCGUCCGCGGACUCCCGAGGCCCGCUUCAGUCAAAAUGAUGCUGAACCCCUCAAAGAAAGACAAUCUCCUAAUGUUUUGGCGCCUUCCAAACCCAAUGUCUCGCCGCAAGUGAGGCCCCAUGUCAGGACGAGUCACUCCCAUAGUAUCUCCAGCACUCAUCCACCUCCUUUAACGGCUGCUAUUUCAGCACCAGAGCUAGAGACGUUCCAAAAAUCCUCCACCGGUCAUCUGCGCGCAUUGUCGAGAUUUGCAAAGUCCGGUGAGACGGAGGAAUUCUCGAUCGACACUUACACUCCUUCAGUUGUUGGUCUGCAGGGGCGGCGGCGCCUGAAAAGGUCUGGGUCAGUAGCCGGCAACCAUGGCCCUCGAACCGUUCAAAGACCAACGGCUUCGGCCUGGGCGGCAGGAAAUUGGAUGGAUAAGCAACGGCAAUUCUUACAGGCAUAUGAGUACCUUUGCCAUAUCGGAGAAGCCAAGGAGUGGAUUGAAGAGGUAAUCCAGCAACAGAUUCCGCCCAUCGUGCAACUAGAAGAAGCCUUACGUGAUGGUGUCACCCUGGCGGAGAUCGUACAAUCAAUGUACCCUAACCGGCCGUUGCGAAUAUUUAGACACCCGAGGCUGCAAUACCGACACUCAGACAAUAUAGCCUUAUUCUUCCGGUUCCUCGAUGAAGUUGAGCUACCGGAGCUCUUCCGGUUUGAGCUUAUUGACCUGUAUGAGAAGAAGAAUAUUCCCAAAGUUAUACACUGCAUCCACGCCCUGUCGUGGUUGCUUUUCAAAAAGGGGCUUGUCGACUUUCGGAUGGGUAACCUAGUUGGCCAGCUGGAAUUUGAGCACCAUGAACUUGAGCAGACCCAGAAAGGCCUAGACAAAGCUGGCGUUAGCAUGCCGAGCUUUACCGGCAUGGCUGCCAAUUUUGGCGCUGAGCCUGAACCUGAACCCGAGCCGGAGGCUGAGUCUGAAGAAGAUCGAAUCGAACGCGAACUACACGAAAACGAAAACUCCAUUUCCGACUUCCAGGCUCAACUUCGAGGUGCAAUCCUAAGGUUGAAGCUAGGCAACUUGAUGAACGACCUGUGGGACUUUGAGCCCUUGCUUAUCGAUCUUCAGUCCAGGAUAAGAGGGGACUGGACAAGGCAAAUUGUUCAGUAUCGCAUCGAUAUGCGGAAUUUUGCCGUUGAUCUUCAAGCAAUUUGCCGCGGAUUCGUCGCACGGUAUCGUCUGAGGGACACUAGACAGUCCCAUAAGGCGCUUGAACACGACAUCCUACAGCUUCAAAGCGCGAUUCGCGGCUCAAAGGCCAGAGUUCAGGCUAACUUCAUUCGAACUCAAUUGCGAAGACAAGAACUUGGAAUCAAACGAAUCCAAGCUGCCAUCAGGGGCGCGCUCCAGCGUAAUGUCGUGUACGACCUUCACGAUAAUGUCAAGGAUGCAGAAGGUGGAGUACAGCUGCUGCAGGCUGCGAUCCGGGGUGCCUUACAGCGCUCGAAGCUUUCGGAACAAUUUGAAGAGACUCAUUCUGAGGAGGACAAGGUUCAAAGAUUGCAAGCAUUGAUUCGCGGCGCAUUGCUUCGUCAACGCAUAGGCGCUCAGUCGAAAGAAAUAUCACAAGCUGAAGAAAGCAUAGAUAUUAUUCAGGCGGCCAUUCGAGGAAUGCUUGUACGUCAAGGUGUCGCCAAAACACUUGCUUAUCUCAGCGACGAGACGGAGUCUGUUGUACUCAUUCAAGCACAUGCCCGUGCCUUGGCUGUCAGAAAGUCUCGGGCAACGUUGAGGGAGUCUCUUGUCAAGGAGCAACAUAAGCUUGUUGAUCUCCAGUCCAUGGUCCGUGGCGGUGCUCUUCGGAAGGCUCUUAAUCUCAUCCGAGAGGCAUUGGCGGAGUAUACACCUUCUUUUAUUGACCUUCAGAGCGCAGCACGAGCUAAAGCUACGCGAUCCUUCUUGGUGUCUCAGCGAAAAGCUCUAUUAAAAGAGAGCGAGUCUGUGCUCGAGCUUCAAUCAAUUGCUCGUGGUGCCAUUCUGAGGAAAAGACUAGAAGAAGAUGCCGCGUUGUUGCAACAAGAGAAAGCUGCUAUCAUCGAUCUACAGUCGCUCGCCCGGGCAGCUGUGCUACGUAUUCAGGUUGGUGAUGUCCUGGAGCAGCUGGAUGAUUGUGACGACGAGAUCAGCGAAUUACAAGCGCAUAUCAGAGCCAUGAUUGUGCGAGUCGAUGUCGGUCAGACAUUGGCUGAUCUAGCGGCUGAAGAAGACAUCAUUGCGGAAUUCCAGUCCUAUAUCAGAGGCCACCUAGUACGGACAAGGUUCGAGGAAAAACGUCGCUACUACCAGGAGAACAUGGAGAAAGUGGUUAAGGCGCAAAGUUUCAUACGGGGUAGAAUCCAAGGCCAAGCGUACAAGAGUCUUACAAGCGGGAAGAACCCUCCUGUGGGAACCGUGAAAGGCUUUGUACACCUUCUCAAUGACAGCGAAUUCGAUUUUGAUGAAGAAAUCGAGUCCGAGCGAGCGCGAAAGUUAGUGGUGCAGCAGGUUCGGCAGAACGAGCUCGCUGAGCAGUACAUUAGUCAACUGGAUAUCAAGAUUGCUCUUCUGGUGAAGAACAAGAUCACAUUAGAUGAGGUUGUUAAACACCAGAGGCACUUUGGUGGCCAUGUAGGGAAUCUCCUUUCUAACACGGAGAUUUCCUCCAAGGACCCGUUUGACCUGAAAGCUCUGAACAAAACUUCGAGGAGAAAGUUAGAGCACUAUCAAGUUUUCUUCUUUCUCCUUCAGACACAAUCCCAAUAUCUCGCCAAACUCUUCCGACGCCUGCGUGAGGUUAACACCCCAGAAAAGGAGUACGAAAGGAUACGGCACUUGAUGAUGGGUCUUUUCGGAUAUUCUCAGAAGAGGCGUGAGGAGUACUACCUCAUAAAGCUGCUGGCCCGCUCAGCUCGAGAAGAGAUUGAGAGCUUCACCUCUCUCCAGGACUACCUGCGCUGUAACUCAUUCUGGAACAAACUUUUUGCGUCAUAUAUCAAAUCACCCCGCGACCGAAAGUUUAUGCGCGAUGUCCUAAGCACUGCUGUGAAGGAAAAUAUUGUCGAAAACGCUGAGCUGGAUCUAGAAAGUGAUCCAAUGCAAAUUUACCGGUCCGCCAUCAACAACGAAGAACUGCGGACGGGGAAGCGUAGCCGGCGCCCACUUAACAUACCAAGAGAAGAAGCUAUUCGUGACCCUGAAACGAGAGCAACCUUCAUCCAACAUUUGCAAGAUUUGAGGGAUAUCGCUGAUCAGUUUUUCACUGCUUUGGAAGAACUUCUAUAUCGUAUGCCUUUUGGGAUUCGAUACAUUGCUAAAGAGAUGUACGAGAGCCUUCUCUCUAGAUUUUCCAACGAAGACCCGGGUUUUAUUCUCCAAACAGUUGGCCAUUGGGUUUGGAAGAAUUAUUUCCAGCCCGCCAUAAUGGAGCCAGAGAAGUAUGGUGUUGUCGACCGGGGAUUGACGCAGGAGCAGAAGCGAAAUCUGUCGGAGAUAGCCAAAGUCAUUGCUCAAGCGGCUUCCGGAAGGCUAUUCGGUGCAGAGAAUGUAUACCUCCAGCCCCUAAAUACCUACAUUGCGGAUUCGAUUCAGAGGCUUGGGAAUAUUUGGGGAGACUUGAUCUCCGUCCAAGACGCCGAAACAUACUUUGACAUUGAUGAAUUCAACGAUCUCUACGCCAAGACCAAGCCGACAUUAUAUAUUAAGAUGUCUGAUAUCUUCUCCAUCCACCAGCUCGUGGCUUCCAAUAUUCAUUUCAUCUGCUCCAAUCCAGACGACAUUCUAAAAGAGGUGGUUCGCGACUUGGGCAAUGUCAAGUCCAAUGAGAAUGAGCUGAUGAGCGUCAAUUCUUCCGAGAUCAAUCUGACACUGAACCCGAAACUCGCCCAAGCUGAAGAUCCUGAAGCGGAUAUCAAGGCUCUAUUCAUGGAGACCAAGAGAUGCGUUCUGUACAUCAUCCGCGUACAGUCGGGCGCUAACUUGCUGGAAAUCAUGGUUACACCACCCACUGAAGAGGACGAAGAAAAGUGGAUGACGUUCGUACGUGAUGAGUUAAGUGCUCACAAUACGCAACGAAGCGCAUACUCUGAAGCGAAUAGUCUUGUAGACAUUGCCUCUAUGAGCUAUUCUGAACUCAAACGAACGGCUUUGGAAAACAUCUUGCAACUUGAACGAGCAGGAAAGAUCCAUCGCAGCAAUCACUACCAAGAUCUUCUCAAUGCAAUUGCGAUUGACAUACGGACCAAGCACCGCCGGAGGAUCCAACGUCAGCGAGAACUGGAAAGUGCUCAUAUGACACUCACACGUCUUAACGAACAAGCUGUCUGGUUAGACCAGCAGCUCAAGACGUAUAACGAUUACAUCGAGCAGGCGAUGGUGACAUUGCAAAGCAAGAAGGGCAAGAAGAAAUUCCUUAUGCCCUUCACGAAACAAUGGGACCACCAGCGCGAGCUUCAGAAAUCCGGCAAGGUGUUCAAGUUCGGGUCAUACAAGUAUUCAGCCCGAAACCUGGCGGACAAAGGCGUCCUAGUUUACUGGAAGGGUUAUACAGAGCGACAAUGGGACCGAGUGGAUCUGACCAUCUCGAGUAACGAAGUUGGCGUCUUCACCCUCGAUGGAAGCAGUGGGCCGAUGAUGGUUCCUGGGGCCAAUGCCCAGGUUCCCUUGGAUGACCUCCUGCAAGCUCAGUUCAACAACAUGCAAUUCCUCGACUUCUUUGACGGACAUCUGCGAGUGAACGUCAAUCUUUUCCUGCAUCUGAUUAUGAGAAAGUUCUACAACGAAUAA